UAUAUACAGUAUAUUCAUCAUUAUAUACAGUAGUUCUUUUAUCGUGAUGAUGAUGAGCGUUAAAUAUUAUGUCCGGUACUUUAAACAUUAUGUGCUGUAGAUUUUGCAUUUUGUUAUGAUGUAGACACAGUAUUAUAUGCUGUGCUUUCUUCUUUACGAUGACGAUCUUUCAGCUCAUUUGGGAACACGUUCUGUUAGAAAAUGGAAGAUAUUUUACGGGACCUUCAAAUGGUUCAAUUUAUAGAUGUCUUCAAAAAAGAAAAGAUCACACCAGAUAUUGUCUGUUUCUUAAAUCGCAAUGAAAUGUUGCAACUUGGAUUACAUCCGCACGAAAUGACAAAACUUCGAAAUUUCUGCAUAAAUUACGGCACAAAGCAACCGACUCGUCAGAUAUCUGGUUGUGGAGCAUCAAAAUUUACCAUUCCAAAAGAAACUUUACAAAGUUUUAUAGACGAUGGCUUUUCCAUUUCAAAUAUUGCCAGCCUUCUUUCGGUGUCGGAGAAAACAAUUUAUAGACGAAUGCAGGAAUAUAAUUUGAAAAAGCGGAUCUAUACUGAUAUUGACGAUAGAGAAUUAAAAAAAAUAGUGAUGGAUGUAAUAGAAGAGUUUCCCUCCUGUGGUGAAAUAAUGCUUGCACAAGUUCUGCGACAACAAAACAUAAAGAUAGAAAGAGCAAAGUUGAGAUUAAUUUUGCAUGAAAUGGAUAAAGAUGGAAUAAAGGCUAGGAAAUCCGGACGAUUGCAAAGAAGGACAUACCAGUCACAAGGUCCGAAUCAUAUCUGGCAUAUUGAUUCAAAUCACAAACUUGUUAGGUGGAAUUUUAUCGUAUCAGGUGGUAUAGAUGGAUUUAGCAGAAUGAUAGUUUUUUUAAAAUGUGAGGACAAUAAUAAAGCGGACAAUGUGUUCAGAUGUUUCAUGGAAGGAGUAAAAGAUUUUGGGAUUCCAUUGCGUGUACGUACGGACAAAGGAAUGGAAAAUAGUAAAAUAGCAGAUUUUAUGAUCGAAAAGAGAGGAUCUUCAAGUAUGUUGCUGGGGAAAAGAGUUCACAAUCAACGCAUAGAAAGACUGUGGAGAGAUGUUUUUAAUGGUGUCCUUGGCUAUUAUUACAGAUUGUUUUAUUUCAUGGAGGAGGAGGAAAUUGUAGAUCCCUUGAACGAAGUUCAUCUACUUGCUCUUCAUUACAUAUAUUUACCAAAAAUAAACGAAAAAUUAAAGCUGUGGUCAAACGCAUGGGCCACUCACAGAUUACGUACUGUGAAAGCUAGUCCCUGGUGUCUUUGGACUGCUGGAAACUUUAAUAACCCUGUGGGGGAUGAUGUUGCUGAUAGUGUUGACAAUUUACAAGAACAUGAAUUAAAUGAGUUGGAGGAAAACCCUCGGCCUAUAUUUGAAGGGCUUUCUUUGUUGAACCCAGUUUGCUUGGAAGAAUUGGAGAGGAGAUGUCCAGCAACAUUGGCAUCUGUAAAUCAUGGGAUAGACAAAUAUCAAAUUUGUGUAGAGAUUUUGAAAAAUUUAAAUUAAUGACUAGUUUUAUUAAAUUUAAGCCUGCGAAUAUCCAUGAAUUUGUAAUAUUUCCCAGCUAUAGGGAAAAUAUGCUUUUAUAAUGUCAAUUUUAUUUUUUGCAGCAAAUACAACAGCAUAACAACUCUGAUCAUUCAAAAAAUUUAUUAUCAACUUCUCAAAACAACAAAUGAAAAAAAUUCAACUAUCAAAUGUCUAAAACAUGAACAAAAUGGAAGCAUUUCUCUGAAUGAAUAUUUUCAUCAUUUAUAUUUUAUGUUACUAGACUCUUUAAAAUUCAUCAUUACAUACAAGUACAGACACAUAAUAUUCUGACUCCAUCUCCUUUCUUUGUAAAUAUAAAUGAUGUUAACAAUAAAGCAAUUAAAUCAAAAUCAAUUAUUUGUUUUAUUUACAAAUGUAAAAAAUAAAUGUGUUUGUGAAACACUAUGAGCCUUGUGGCAACAGUUUGAACAAGAUGUGUUUAUGAAACACUAUGCGCCUGGCGUCAACAAAGUUCAAAAAAGCUAUUUUUAGUAUAUAGGUCACAGUCAAGAUCACAAGGUCAUUGGCCUUGGUUUUGUUUGAAAGAACUUAAUUAGUGGAGUAUGCAUACUUAAUAUGAAGUCCUUAUCUCCUAUGGUUCAAAAGUUAUGGCAAAAAGUGGAAAAAGCUAUUAUUAGCAUAUAGGUCACAAUCAUGGUCACAAGGUCAUUGGCCUUGGUGUUGUUUGAAAGAUCUUAAUUAGUGAAGUAUGCAUACUAAAUAUGAAGUCACUAUCUCCUAUGGUUCAAAAGUUAUGGCAAAAAGAGGAAAGAGCUAUUUUUGGCAUAUAGGUCACAGUCAAGGUCACAAGGUCAUUGAUCUUGAUGUCAUUUGAAAGAACUUUUUUUUGUGGAGUAUGCAUUCCAAAUAUGAAGUCUCUAUCUCUUGUGGUUCAAAAGUUUUGGCGAAGGUUAAAGUUGACAAAAGACGGAUAGACAAACAGAUAAACAGACACACAGACAGGACAAAAACAAUAUACGCCUGGGAUCUAUCGAUCCGGGCACAUAAAAACUUGUUUUUACACAGUCAAGGUCACAUGAUCAUUGUCCUUGGUGUCAUUUGAAAGCACUUAAUUCAUGGCGUAUGCAUACCAAACAUAAAGUCUCUAUCUACUAUGAUUCAAAAGUAAUGGUGAAAGUUCUUAAAGUUCUUAAAAGCUAUUUUUAGCAAAUAGGUCAGUCAAGGUCACAAAAUCAUUGACCUUAGUUUAAUUUGAAAGAACUUUAUUAGUGGAGUAUGCACACCAAAUAUAAAGUCCCUGCUUUUCACGGUUCAAAAAUUAUGGCGAAGGUUAAAGUUGACAAAAGACAGACAGACAGGACAAAAACAAUAUACGUCCAAGAUCUAUCAAUCAGAGUGCAUAAAAAUUGUGACCUUGUAGAUGUAUUUACAAAGUCGCCAAAGUUGAUUGUUACUAUAAAGAAAUGCAUAUUAUAAGUACUCAGUAAAAUUAAAACAAAUUUAAAAUGCAAUUCCUAUGACCCUCAUCCCAAAUAUAUGUACAUGUACUGUAUAUGCAACUGAAUUAUGACAAUGACACCCUCUCUAGUCACCAGCAACCUGUGAAAUAUGAACCCUUAAGACUUUUACUUAGUCUAAAUAACCCUGCAAUAAAUCCAAGACAAAUAAAAGGAUCAUGAGCUACUUUUGUCAAGAAUUAAGUUUUGAGAAUUUCUAUAUGAUGCAAAGAAGAUGGGUGAACAUAAUGGGUAAAAUGCCUAUAACUAACAGUUUACAAAAUCUCACUAAGACUGAAAUUAGUUGCCUAUGGAUUAGUAUACACAUACUAGAUAGGAAACAUAGGUAAUCAAGAUUACAAAGCUCACCUCGACAAAUGUUAUCAGUGUAAGUAAUGCAAAUCUCACAUAAUAUUUUUUUUCAUAAUAUCUAGUAUUUAUCCCAACAACAAUAUUCUUGCAAAUUGUGUUUUAACCCCUUACAGGGCAUAUACACAUUUCUAGGUGUGUAGCGUGAAAAACAUUUAAAGUGUAAACAGAUAUUCACAAAUUUGUUAAUACUGCAGAUAACAAGGACUUCAAGUUCAUUGGGAUUAAUCUAUUCCCAAAACUUUAACCUGGUCUCUAAUGUUUGGAAAAUAUAGGUCAGAUCCAGCAUCCGAAGCAAGUCUGGUAGUGUCUUUUCCUAGCUGCAUCAUCUAUGCAAGUUUGGUUCAGGUAGGGCUUAUAUUUACUAG